AUGUCGAAGCCAGGGGCCGAUCCAUCGCCACACCCGCCGAAAGAGCAGCUUCCUAAUGUUCACUACUGCAUAAGCAGUCAUCCUCCAUGGCCUGAAGCUAUCCUUCUGGGAUUCCAACAUUAUGUGGUCAUGCUCGGCACAACCGUCAUGAUUCCUUCGGCCCUUGUUCCUCAAAUGGGAGGAGGAAAUGAGGAGAAAGCAAGGGUUAUACAGACUUUGCUGUUUGUUUCUGGACUAAAUACGCUGUUACAGUCAUGGUUCGGAACUCGUUUGCCUGUAGUGAUUGGAGGAUCUUACACCUUUGUGGCCCCCACAAUCUCGAUUAUCUUGUCCGGAAGAUGGAACGAUCCGGAUCCUAUAUCGAGGUUCAGGAAGAUAAUGCGGGCCAGCCAGGGUGCAUUAAUCAUUGGCUCGAUAAUUCAAAUGGUCUUAGGCUUCAGUGGGCUUUGGCGUAAUAUCGCAAGGUUUUACAGUCCUAUUUCAGUUGUUCCUUUGAUUGCCCUUUCGGGUUUCGGGCUGUAUGAACUCGGUUUUCCCGCUGUUGCUAAAUGUGUGGAGAUUGGAUUGCCUGAGCUCAUCCUUAUUGUGUUCUUUACUCAGUAUCUACCGCAAAUGACAAAAUCGGGAAAAAUUGUCUUUGAACGGUUUGCAGUUCUUAUUACUGUGGGAAUUGUGUGGCUUUACGCACAUUUACUUACUAUCGGUGGAGCUUACAAUCGAGCUGCAGAUAAAACGCAAGCAAUGUGUAGAACUGAUCGAGCCGGGCUUAUUGAUGCUGCUCCUUGGAUAAGAAUACCGUAUCCUUUUCAAUGGGGGGCACCUUCGUUUGAUGCUGGCGAUGCAUUUGCCAUGAUGAUGACUUGUUUUGUUGCUCUUAUAGAGUCGACUGGUGCGUAUAUAGGCACUUCUCGCCUUGCAAGUGCAACCCAAAUGCCACCUUCGAUCCUCAGUCGAGGCAUAGGCUGGCAGGGUGUCGCGAUCUUGUUGUCCGGGAUGUUUGGAACUGCGAACGGAUCAUCUGUAUCAAUCGAAAAUGCUGGCUUAAUCGGACAGACACGUGUCGGCAGCCGAAGGGUCGUGCAGAUAUCUGCUGCAUUCAUGAUCUUCUUUUCUAUUCUUGGGAAAUUCGGAGCAGUUUUUGCUUCGAUCCCGUCAUCGAUUAUGGGUGCAUUGUACUGUAUAUUCUUCGCCUAUCUCGGUGAGUACUCGUUCAAUGACAUAGUUAACGUCCCGUUUUCGUCAAAGGCAUUUGUGGCGGGUAUUUUGGCAUAUUUACUGGACAAUACACUGGAGAAAAAGGAUGCACAGGUAAGGAAAGACAGGGGAAAACACUGGUGGGAUAAGUUUAGCGCGUUUAAAACCGACUCAAGAAGUGCCGAGUUCUAUUCGCUUCCGUUUAACCUCAACAAGUAUUUCCCGUCCGUGUGA